CGUACUUCACCAACUCAACUAAAACUCACCACACCACAACCUUGGAGAGGAGUGGUUUAGUCACAAACAGAGAAAAUGUCUUGUUCAUCUCUAUCAUUUGUAGCUGCUGCCAUUUCUGCACAACCUUCUUCAACUUCAAAGACAUGUUUAUCUCCUUCUUCUGCUAUCCCUUAUUUUCAUUUCUCAAACCCCAAUAGAUUUUCAAGGUUUGGUGUCAAAUGCAGCUAUGCUGAUGCAGGCAUAAAGGACAACUCCUUCACUAUAGAUGUUGAAGCAAAUAUUAAGACUGAGAGGCUUGUAGUGCUGGGAGGCAGUGGUUUCGUUGGGUCAGCUAUAUGCAAGGCUGCAGCAUCAAGGGGUAUUGAAGUCAUAAGCCUAAGCAGGUCAGGACGGCCAAAUAGCUUGGACUCAUGGGAAGAUCAAGUGACUUGGAUCACUGGAGAUGUUUUCUAUGUUAAUUGGGAUGAAGUACUUCCCGGCGCUACCGCAGUGAUUUCAACACUCGGAGGUUUUGGUAGCGAGGAACAGAUGCAACGAAUUAAUGGUGAGGCGAAUGUCGUUGCGGUAACCGCUGCCAAAGAAUAUGGAAUUCCCAAGUUUGUCUUGAUCUCGGUGCAUGACUAUAAUAUACCAUCUUUCUUACUUACGUCUGGAUACUUCACUGGAAAGCGAAAGGCCGAAUCCGAGGUUCUCUCCAAAUACCCGGGUUCUGGUGUUGUACUAAGACCUGGGUUUAUAUACGGGAAAAGAAAGUUUGGUGAUAUUGAGAUCCCGUUGGAUUUGAUAGGCGAACCUGUGGAAAGACUUCUCAAUGCCACAUCAAGCUUCACCAAACCCCUGAAUUCUCUACCUGCAUCUGAUCUAGUUUUGGCUCCUCCUGUUAGCGUGGAUGACGUUGCACUAGCUGCAAUAAAUGCAGUAAAAGAUGAUGAUUGCUUUGGUGUUUUUACAAUCGACCAAAUCAAGCAAGCUGCAGCCGGUGUCAAAGUGUGAGCCCAUCGCACGUUUAAGCAUUAGAAUUCGUAAUACGUAUAGAUAUGUAUUUAUUGUAUUGCAUAAUGUUGUAACUAGCAACUACCGGACUGUAUGCAAUACAAAGAUGCAUUUGUGAAGGCAUACAAUUCAGAAUCAUGAGUAUUGAUUCUUGAUUACAAUGAAAUGAGCUUUCUUCA